AGCAGCCUGGCGCACUGACGGAACGCACGUUUAGACCAUCUACGAGUCCGAUCUGCCUUUUGCAUGCUUUCCCGAUAAUCUGGAACCUCUCACCUGUCAUUAUAUGCAGUUGCCCUCGCCCACACGCACUGUGCCCCCCUCCAAUCCCGUCACGUAUUGCUAGCCACGCAAACGAUCUAUCACCUCGUCACUUUCAGAGGCCUUACCGCUCUAUUCAGACACAUCUUCUACGCUAUUUAAGUCAAAGCGAAGUGGAGAGUGAUGCCAAGCCGUCAGCGAAAACAGCCCGAGAAUCGAAGAAGAACAGGCUGUUUCCAAUGCAAAGAAAAACACGUUCAAUGUACCGAAGAGAAACCCAGCUGCAGGCGAUGUCAGCGUCUAGGCCUUGUAUGUGAACGCGGCAUCAAGCUUCUCUUUCGCGAUGAUGCAAUUCAGCGCGGGAUCCAAUUUGGUCGAGAAGGGACUUGGUCAAAACGAUGCGGACGAAUCAAGAAGCCGCCUGUUCUAGAGCUCGACGAGGACUUUACUGGCGUCCCGCUGGAGCAAUACAUUGGACGAUGGAUUUGGUUGAACACGACGUACGACGAUUUUACUGGGGACCUUGACAAUUCGGAUACAGAUGAAGCUUUGUUUCAGAUCGAUCAGAACACUACCCGACGAGCGCUCUAUAUGCAGGGCAAUAGAUAUUUGAGAAGUCCAUAUCUGGAACCUCGGUCUUUUGGAGGGCCCUUCAGCCAAUGCACGUAUGAGGAAGGGAAUCUUCUCGACUACUUCAUCCGUGGUAUUGGGCCGAACUGUUCGCUCAGUCGGUCUAAUAAUCCAUACAUGUCCUUGAUUCCUCUUCUAUCGCACACGACGUUCAAAAACACCCUUCUCGCUGUUUCCGCAAACCAGCUGUAUCUGCUAGGCGAUAAAAGUUGUUCGCAGGAGGCUUUUAUGUACAAGGAUAAAGCAUUGAAGGGCUUACAGCGGGAGAUCAAAUCACCGACAUUGCAUUUUGCAACAGUGGCUUCUGUCUUGAUGAUGUGCUUCCACGAUAUCUCCGACGGAUGCGCUUCUUCGUGGCUUUUUCACCUUCGAGUGGGCAUGCAAAUGACCCCUCAACUUCCAUCAUACUCUGCGCAAACAGAAUCUCUGAAGCGCUUCUUCAACAUGUAUUUUGUUGGGCAUGAUAUCAUGAGCCGGACCGGACGAAUCCAUUGUGACGAUGAGUGGGAUGAGGAUAUUCCAACACACAAUUGGCUUGAAACCGACGAUCUUGAUGAGGUCGACACUACCGUUGGAAGUUCACGUCGAUUGAUGUCAUUGAUAAGUAAUAUCUCAUCUCUGACCAGAAAGAGAGCGAAUUCCAACUCUUCUCGUGUUGACAAGGACUUUUUUACAUCGAGCUGUGAAGAAAUUGAAACCGCUCUUGAAACACUUCAGCAAAUACUCCCUAGUAAUUCAUCCGCAGCGGAUAAUUAUAUUCUUCAAAUCGCCGAGAUAAAACGUCUGACUGCACUUCUGUAUCUGCAUGAAUGCCUGGGCGAGUUUAUCUCAUCAUCACCGUCACCAUCGACCUCCUCGCCACCAUUAUCGCUACAAACUUACCACUCGCCUCCGCCUCCAAAGCUAUCUAAACAAGGACUCGUCCAGCGUAUCAUCGAACUCAUCUCCACCCUUCCCAAUCCAGACUCAACCUCUGUUCUCUGGCCCCUCUACAUAAUUGGAAAUAGCGCGGGUCUCGAAGAUGAGUCUCAAAGACGGUUCGUACUUGAGCGCCUUCGCGGCAUUCAGCAAACACGCAAUCUUGGUAGUGUACGUGCAGCGAGAGUCGCCGUUGAACGUGCUUUUCGAACGAGAGAUUUAGAACUACCGGAUUCCAAGGGAGAGACAAUACAAAAAGGAAGAGGCGUUAUCAGUUUGGCUUGAGCGGGAUUGCACUUUUGCCAUCACGAGUUCAUGAUUCUAACAUACUGCUUACACAGCUACUCUGUUAUGAGUGAUUAAUUAGUAGGCUUUGGUUAUGUUAGUUUCUAUAAUAGAAUAGUCAAUAUAAAUUUCACUCGGCUUAUGUUC